UCCACCUAAAAUUAUGAGCGGAACGGCAUCUGAAGUCACCAUAUUGCCUCAACCGUGUUGCGACGUAAACGCAAACUAAAAAACAAAAUAUAUCUUACAGAGUUGCAAAUCUGAUGAUAUUACAAAUCCUGACUAUCCAAAAUGUUGCUCCACUUCAUUAUGUGCGUUUAAAUUUGGAGUUACUUUAAAACCAAAUGAUGUGUUUUACCACUGCCUUGCCGACAAAAUCAACGAUUCACCACGGAUUUACCACUGCCCCACCGACAAAAUCCACGAUUCAUCACGGAUUUACCACUGCUCCGGCGACAAAAUCAACGAUUCACCACGGAUUUACCACUGCUCUGGCGACAAAAUCAACGAAUCACCACGGAUUUACCACUGCUCCGGCGACAAAAUCAACCAAUCACCACGGAUUUACCACUGCUCCGGCGACAAAAUCAACCAAUCACCACGGAUUUACCACUGCUCCGGCGACAAAAUCAACCAAUCACCACGGAUUUACCACUGCUCCGGCGACAAAAUCAACCAAUCACCACGGAUUUACCACUGCUCCGGCGACAAAAAUAACAGUUACUCCUACAAAUCAUAUAAUUGGUCAGUGGACAGAAUGGACGGCAUGGUCAGCUUGUCUGGAGACGGAUCCUAAUGUCCAGGGAACUAAAGAGCGCAUGCGCCAAUGCUAUGACCCUGGACACCAGCACACAGAUGUAUGUACACACAAUCAUACGGAGAAGGACAUCACAUAUUGUUUCGGAGGACAACCCGAUGCAUGCACACCACCUCAAAUAACCGACAUUAAAAUUGUGAACGGAACAUGGGCACUUACAAAACUUGUGAUUGUAAAAUGUUUUGUCAGUGGUAAUCCGAUGCCGGAUGUCCGAUGGUUGAGACAUACAGACGAUGUCCAAAUAUAUCCGAAUGACAAUUCUAAAAUAAUCAUUGGGCCUAUCGAAAACCGUCAUGAGGGUAGCUACGUUUGCGAGGCUUUCAACAAAUGCAAGCAAUCAAUAUCAAAAUCUUUCUCAACACCAGCUUUAACACCGGUAAAAUAACCAGACGUGCAUCUUGUUCAUGGUGUACGGUCAUAUAUAUUAUUUAUCACGGGUACUUCUUAGAAAUACAAAUAAAA